AGUCCUCAAAGUGUUCCAGAAGCGCUGCAGCUGCACGGGACGGUCCAAACUCUGAAGUGAGCUUUGCAGGAGUCAGACCAUAUUGGAGGAAACUGGAAAGACAGAGGAGGAAACGAUGGAGUCCAUAAUGUCGGAGCAGUCAGCCACGGUGGACGAGCUGGUGGAAGCGUGCAUCCAAGCCUUUGAUGAGAACGGCACUUUGAAGGAUGCUUCCUUGGUUCGCAUGUUCCUCAUGAUGCACCCGUGGUACAUCCCAUCCACUGAGAUGGCUAAGAAGCUGGUGGUCAAAUCUCAAGAAGAGAGCUGCACUGAGCGUCGGACAAGAAUAUGUCACCUUGUCAAGUACUGGAUUUCUGAGUUUCCAGCGGAGUUCAAUCUCAACCCCGAGCUUUCGGAGCAGAUGAAAGACUUUAAAGACCUUCUGACCACCGAGGGCAACGAGCGCCAGAGUCAGCUCAUCGACCUGGACAGCGUGCCAUCAUAUAAAUGGAAACGGCAGGUGACUCAGCGUGUCCCUUCCAUGUCCAAAAAAAGGAAAAUGUCCCUGCUGUUCGACCACCUCGAUUCCUGUGAGCUGGCUGAACAUCUGACUUUCUUGGAGUACAAAUCAUUCUGCAAGAUCCUGUUUCAGGACUACCAUGGCUUUGUGAUGCAUGGCUGCACAGUGGAUAACCCCAUCCUAGAGCGCUUCAUCACCCUCUUUAACAGUGUCUCCCAGUGGAUCCAGCUCAUGGUGCUCAGCAAGCCAACCGCCCCACAGAGAGCCGCCGUCAUCUCCCAUUUCAUCAGAGUGGCACAGAAGCUGCUGCAGUUGCAGAACUUUAACACGUUGAUGGCGGUGGUGGGCGGCCUCAGCAACAGCUCCAUCUCCCGUCUCAAAGACACCCAGAGUCACAUCAGCGCAGAGACCAACAAGGUUUUUAACAACCUAAUCGAGCUGGUGACCUCGUGUGGAAACUACAGCCAGUACCGCAAACGCUUCUCCGAGUGCUUGGGCUUUAGGUUCCCUAUUCUCGGAGUGCAUCUGAAGGACCUGAUCGCUGUGCACGUGGCACUGCCGGACUGGGCUGACAAAGAGAAGACACGAGUGAACCUGGCAAAAACUCAGCAGCUGUACGCCAUCCUUCAGGAGCUAGCACUCAUCCAGAACACACCUCCGAGCAUAGACGCAAACACAGACCUGCUCAACCUGCUCACGGUUUCUCUGGACCAGUACCACACUGAGGAGGAGAUCUAUCAGAUUUCUCUACAGAGGGAACCUCGUAAACCCGUGCAGAACUCCAACCCAACCCCCCAACCUGAACCCAAGACCACGGUGAUUGAUGAAUGGUCUGUCUCAGUGAAACCCAAUGCCGACCCAACCAUCAUCAAGAAACACAUAGAGAAGAUGGUGGAGUCGGUUUUCAAGAAUUUUGACACAGAUGGUGAUGGCCACAUCUCCAGGGAUGAGUUUGAAGCCAUCAGGAACAACUUCCCUUACCUCAGCAAGUUUGGAGAACUGGACAAGAACCAAGAUGGGAAGAUCAGCAGAGAAGAGAUGGUAGACUACUUUAUGAAAGCCAGCUCUCUGCUUAACUGCAAGAUGGGCUUCAUCCACACAUUCACAGAGACCACCUACUUCAAGCCCACAUUCUGCGACCACUGCACUGGCUUAAUGUGGGGUUUUUACAAGCAAGGCUACAAGUGUAAAGCCUGUGGGGUGAACUGCCACAAGGCCUGCAGAAACCACCUGGCUCUUGAGUGUAGGAAGAGGACAAAGAGCAUCAGCCACGAGACACCACCCGGACUCCAGGCCAGGUCCUAUAGCUUCCCCCCACCUGCCAACACUCCCCCCAGCCUGCAGAAUACAGGAGCGGUGGACCAACAAAGAUCACUCUUAAGAGCAAGGUGUGGAAUAGUCUGCGAGGUCACAAAGGACCCCAGGAUGGUGGUGAAGACCUACAUGGAUAUGGAUCAGGACUCUGAAGAAGAGAAGCAGCAGUAUCUUGGCCUGGCACUCCAUCUUGCCUCAGACUUCUUCCUAAGGAACCCCAAUAAAGACGUGCGACUGCUGGUGGCCUGCUGUCUGGCUGAUAUCUUCAGGAUUUACGCUCCUGAGGCACCAUACACCUCCCACGAUAAACUAAAGGAGAGCUUUAACCACAUCCCAGUUGAAGUGGGGGAUAUUGAGUUCGAGAGGGCCAUGUUCAAUGCCUCAAUUGUUGAAGUGGGCAAGUGGCUGCCUUGA